GUCCUAAUUGCCUUCACUAAAGUCCAUCAUGGAACAAGAAGACGAAUUCAAGCCUCAGUUUAAGAUAUCCUCAGACGAAUUACCCAAAAUACACAAAAAAUGCAACCACAACCGUCCACACACCAGUCCACAUGUAUCAACAGAAACAACUAUUCCGUCUACAUCGGGCCUUCAAACAGAACAAGACAAGGGCAGUAUGAGAAACAAUGACGACGAAACAAAUGACAGCAAAGAAAAAGAAAAUGAGGGCUCGAUAUCAGAUUGGGUAUCGGGUGGGCCGAUUGGAUCCAAGGUCGCCGUACUCGUAUUUAGAUCCUGCGUCCUCGCAUCACGUACGCCCUCCAUGGAAUCAACGACGAAAACAGUCGGAAACAAUACAGGGACCACGAUAUUGUUAAACAAAGCAAAGAACAUGGCGAAAAGAUUAGUAGCAGAACCGCAUUCAUUCAGUGUUAGGCCAAAAAAUAUUAUGCACGAUGUGAUGGAAACGUUCGGAAAUAGCAAUAAAUUUACCGGGCAAGCUUACGUUGUUAGGCACGUUAGUGAAGCUGAGAUGCCUGAAACGAUGUCCAUUGAGGAACAAGGACGCGAACCAACUGAGCACAAGAGAGAUAUCGAAGACGUUCUUAAUGAUUUGAGCAAGAUAACGCUGAAGAAGAAUCUCAAUAUCGAAAACACAACUGCCAAUAUCAAACCACCAGAGGAACCACCACCAACGAAAGAUGUAAAAGAAGAAAAAAAAGGGAAGAAGAGUAAAGGCAAGAGCAAACGGAAGAACACUCACGUGCAGAGGACAUUAUCGCCGACAUUAGAAAGCGACGACUCCGAACAUAUGCUGGUUAAAGACGUAGACAGCGUCAAGGUAUUAGAAAGUUGCCACAUGCCGGCGCGCGUUUUAAAAAUCACUUACAAACUAGUCAACACUGAAACCAAGUUACUGCACCGACUACUCCAAGCACACGGACUUCAGGAAGCCUCGCAGGAUGCAAAGGAUUUCAACCUUAUGUGGGCUGGUUUGCAUCCCAAGCCUGACGUGUUGCGAUCUCUCACACCUUAUCAACGGGUCAAUCAUUUCCCUCGGUCUUAUGAAUUAACUCGCAAAGACAAACUCUUCAAGAAUAUAGAGAAGAUGCAAUACUUCCGCGGCCUGAAGCAUUUCGACUUCAUACCGACCACCUUCCUCAUGCCUGUCGAGUAUAAGGAGCUGUGCACGACGCAUUACAGGACGAAGGGACCUUGGAUCGUGAAACCGGCAGCUUCUAGCCGCGGUCGGGGUAUAUAUAUAGUGAAUACGCCUGAACAAAUACCGAAAGGGGAGAACGUCGUCGUUGCGAAGUACAUCGACAAACCCCUCCUCAUUGGGGGGCACAAGUGUGACCUUCGUCUGUACGUGUGCGUUACAUCUAUAGAUCCACUUCUGAUCUAUCUCUACGAGGAAGGACUCGUGAGGUUCGCCACGGUGAAGUACGAUAAGACGAACAAGAACCUCUGGAACCCCUGCAUGCACCUCUGCAACUACAGCAUCAACAAAUACCACACGGAUUACAUCAAGUGUGACGAUCCCAACGCUGGUAACAUCGGUCAUAAGUGGACUCUAUCGGCUCUUCUCCGCCACCUCCGCAAGCAAGGUCGGAAUACAGCAGCACUGAUGGCUGCCAUCGAAGACCUGGUGGUGAAAUCCAUUCUUUCCUCAGCUCAGACCAUCACAGCCGCUGCGAGGGUUUUCGUACCGAGCCAUUUCAACUGCUUCGAAUUGUUUGGAUAUGACAUACUCAUAGAUGACAUGCUGAAGCCUUGGUUACUGGAAAUCAACUUAUCGCCUAGCUUGGCUUGCGAGAGUCCACUGGACGCCCGCGUCAAGUCGGCGCUACUAGCAGACACGUUGACGCUGGUCGGGCUGCCGGCUGUGCCCAUGUCUAAAAACGAAGCGUCGCCACAGAGCAACUCGCUUAGGAUGAGAAUAGGAGCUUGUCGCAGAGUCCACUCGGCGGAGAACUCGUGCGUGCGCGGCAAGGCGGGCGGGCCGGCGCCGGGCGCGGCCGGGUCCGGCGGGCCGGGCGGGCCGGCCGGGCCGGCCGGGCCGGGCGGGCCGGGCGGGCCGGGCGGGCCGGGCGGCGCGCUGACGGGCGACGAGCUGCGCCUCGUGCGCGCCGUGCGGGCGCAGUACGCGCGGCGCGGCGGGUUCGUGCGGAUCUUCCCGAGCCAGAACUCCUGGCAGAAGUACGCGCAGUAUCUCGACCCGGUGACGGGCGUGCCCGUGUGCUCCACGUCGCUGAACAACAACGCGCCGUACGCGGUCGUGCAGCACAACUACAACCUGCUGGUGCACUCGCACGUGCUGCCGCACUUCCAGCACGCCACCGUCGCCACCAGCCUCACCGACACGCCGCAGAGGCUGCAGCGCUACGAGGCGGCGUGCAUCGCGGGCGCGGCGCCGCCCGUGCAGCUGGACGCCGCGCCCGCGCCGCCCGCCGCCGACGCGCGCCGCGCCAAGCUCCUCGUCAAGCAGCAGCUCGCCGACGGCCUGCGCCUCACCACCGGCGAGGUCCGUCGCGCGUUCGGCCUGUACCUGACGCACGUGCUGAAGCGCAUCUCGUCUCCGAGCAACGAGCUGGGCGUGCAGCACGCCGCGCUCGUGCUGCGCUUCCUGCGCCGCGCCUCCGCCUCGCUGCGCAUGCCUUACAAUGGUCCUCCGGCGAAAAUGUGCGACAAGGACCGAUGCGCCGUUAUCGCCAAGCAGCUCAACGAUUUCCUGUACAUGUACUACCGCGAGACCGACCUCUACACCGAUAGUGAGGAUCGCGACGGCUGCGUUUCCAAUAUACACUUCGCGCAAUUUCUCUACUCAGCGAGCGAAGCCGAUUUGGAAGAUGUGUUGUUACUGCUCUUGCGCAUGGAAAACUAUGUCGCGACAUUCCUUGGUGACGGUCGCGGGAGCGCCUUCUGCAUCGACCUGCCGCCGGAGAAACGUGCGCCGGCCCCUCCGCGACACACGCUACUGCGACACCUCGCCGCGCUCGCACACCUCAACUGCAGGCGCUACCGACCAGAAACAGAGACAUCGAGCCGGUCGGAGACCGAGGAGCCGGUGUCUACAGAGAGUGUCCCUCCACCGCCUUUCACCAGCUCGGACUUAGUACUCAAGGAUUCUCUCAAGCAAGAAAAACCUCACAACCUGGCUCUGAAGUACGCCAGGUCAUAGCGACGUAAUGCUUACAAAGUUUUCUCUAACAAAAUAGCCGGGGAAUAUCUAACGUACCAACCGCAUCAGCGUUGACAAUAAAAAAAUUUAACGUUACGCAAGUUUAAAAAAAACGUUCUGCCAUUGAUCCGAAAUUAUUUUUUACACAUAAAUUGUUAUUAAAAACAUAGAAAAAUCGUUACUGUAUAAUAUGCUUCUAUGCAUUUAUAAGAUUGAUUUUAAAAUAAAAACGCUCGUGUCAAUUCCCGAAGUGGUCAAAUUAAUAUCAAAAAUACACGCAAACUAAUAUUUUUUCUCUUACAAUUAAAAAAUCCUUGAAUCAUUCACUUAUAGCACUAAAUUAAUUUAUUCCUAGUUACCAUUAUGAUAAGGAUCACGUCUUCUACUUACUAAAUGCUCUGUACAAUUUAAAUACCUAUAUGCAGUGAUUUCUUAUCGAUUUAUUAAGAGCUAAACACUGCCCUCUAUAUUAAAAAAAAAAUAUUUACCACUAUUUGUCAUUGACUUUAAAUUCCACAUACAUUUAAAAGAAAAAUUACAUUAAACUUCUUGUCACAAAAAAUGUGGUCUUUAUCAAGACCACAUUCCUCAUUUCUAGGUAAUAAAAAAAAAACAUUUUAAACAAUCGCUUUUAAACUUCUUAAAUUAAAGUUUCACAAAAACCACACUAAUAUUAUAAUUAAUAUAAAUGAGAAAUCGAAUUCAGUCGGGAGAAUCUAAACGGUUCUAGUUUUACAAAAGUAUCCGCGACGCCUUUGAGAUAUGGUACAAAUAGUACGCAGAUGUGAUUGUUAGUAACUUAACGUUUUUAAUACUAGCGAUAACGAUUAAAAAAACCAAAGAAUACAGAUUAUAUUUACAAAAAACACGUAGCUGGCACUGUAGGCUAUUUGAUGUAAUUAAUACUUAAGGUGCUAUGUGGAACGAACAUCAAUAUUAGUUAUAAGGUGUUAUACCGUCACAGAUUAUAUUAAACAUCAUUAAAAAAAUACAUAAAACCUUAUUUUCGAAAUUAAUUGAAAUGUGUGUAAUGUGUAUUAUAAUAUAUUGCGAGUAUUUCGGCUGAUGCUUUUUUUUAAAUAUUGUCUUGUUCUGGUGACGGUACUAUCAGGCGCCAUUUUAAAAUAACGUAGACUGAGCUAGCGGUAGUGAUGUACUUAAUUACUACGAGUAUGAUUCUCUGUAGUUAUUGAACGUGGAGAAUGAAUUUAUUUACUAUUUAAUUCCAUCAUUAUUAUCUCCAUUCCUUCAUUUUGAAAAACGAAUUGAAUGUAUGUUUGCUUUCAUAGUGUAAAAGGAUUUCUAUAAGGGAUUUUUACAUCAUUUAUUCAAUCUGUAUUAUUUUAGCUUCUUGUUAGUGAUUCGAUAACCGAUGCUAGUCGAUGACCAUAACAUUGAAAUUAUAAAGAUUUAGUAUUAUGAAUGAAAUUUUAAUAAUUUAUUUAAAUAAAUAUAUAUUUAGUUCAGAUAUUUUGUAUUUAAAACAAUUGUUUUCAAACAGCUUUUAAUAAUACCAAAUUACACCAAAGUAUUGUUGGCAGCUAAGCUGAUUUAUAAAUGUAAUAUUAUAAUUUAUUUAAUUGAUUUGGUAUUUUAAAAUUUUGUUUAAUUAAUAUAAAUUUAUUAAUGUAAUCUUAAUAUUUUAACUGAUAAAUUUUGGCAUAUAAUCCAAAUUUAAAAGGUAUUUGGUUCCGUGUAACAUUACAGUUAUUUUGUAAACUUAUAUAUUGUUUGUGGCUUAAUAUAUGGUAAUGUCACAAAGAUCAGAGCUUAAUAUCAGCAUGAGUUAGUCCUAAGUAGUACCAUAAGCAAUACAAAAGCAGUGUUCAAAUCAAUGCUUAGGUGAUGUUAGCGUGUUCUGUUGACAGGUGAAGCUUCGCUUGAGUACAGUGUGAUAAUUAAUGUAAACUUCCAGACAGCAAUUUUAAUCUCUGUGAAAUUAUAUUUUCAAUACGCUGAAAUAAAUCAUUAAAUAUUAUUAAAA